GCAGAGCGACAGCAGGAUGUGUGAAGGGCCAUCCAGGAUUUCUGGACCCAUUCCUCCAGACCCUACGCUCUUUCCAAACUAUUACAAACGUCCCUUCUCAGCUCGAGGGAGGCUGGAAGGGAAUGCUCAGAAGCUGGAUUUUACCUCUGGUUCGCUGGACCCAGUUCCCAACCCAUACCCUGCUUUGGGCAGUGCCCGCCAGGUCCAGCCAGCCCCUCGCAUUCGUCCCAGUGGAAAGGACUUCCUGGAGAAGGGACAGAAGGGGACACUCAGUCUCUUGCUGCAGCUCGAAGGGAUCUCCCUUGACGGGGGACUGCCAGUCAAGAGGAAAGAGUCCAAGGACCAUGAGAAGGAAAAUGUGAGGCGAAUAAAGGAGAUUCAGAAGAAGUGCAAAGAGAAGGAGCGAGCCCAAGAGCGCAGUCAGCCCAAGCCUGUGAAAGCUCUGUGGAAAUCCCAGAAAUAUGAAAACGUGGAGUCAAAGGUGAAGGCCAAACUGCAGGAGAGCUCCCCACCUCCAAAUCCAGAGGCUCUGAAAUUCCUGAGGGCAUAUUCUCGCUGUGGCCCUGGGAUCAAGCCAUGCAGACCGCUUUCCCCAGGGCCUGCCAGAACGAAAGCUGGGGCAGACACAGAGGCUCCCGAGGCGCUGGGUGCUGAAACCAAGAUCCAGGUGGAGGGCAAGAGCAUUGACUUCAUUAAGCACAACGCCCGCAACGCCAAGCGGGCCCCGCUGCGGCGCUCCCAGUCCCUGCAGGCACUGGCCGAGCUGCUGGAACAGAAGCACCGGGAGCAGGAGGAGUACAACGCCAAGCAAAAGGGCCACGUCCCCCAGUACCUGCUGGAGAGGAAGGAGCUGUGGCGCAGACAGACGGAGGAGCGGCUGCGAAACCUGCCAGAUCCCGACAUGCCGCCUGGUCAUACCAUGAUGCCGGAGGGCCAGCGGCUGGAGACCCUCAGCAAUCUGAAGCAGAGCCAGGAGCAGCUGAUAAAGGACCUGGUGAUGCUGCCAGUGCGUUCAGACACCCUCAGCAUGCAGAAGAGACGGGUAGAGCUGGAGAGGAAGCUCUCCCAGAUAGAGGAGGCCAUCAAAAUUUUCUCGAGGCCCAAGGUUUUCAUCAAGCUGGACUCCUGAGCCGGUGGGGCUGGGUGUGCUGUGCUGCUCUGCGCGAACAUCCUUCAUCGCUGGGAAGGAACGAUCGUCACUUUGAGAGGGAAGGAAAGGAAGGCAAGUUCAGGACCCCAGACCCACACAGAUGCCGAUACGGCAUCCAACGUGCAGCCGGCAUUUCUUGCUCACCCUUCAGUGCUGUGUCUCAUCCAGGGAAAAGGGAGGGAGAUGCCCUAAUUUAUUCUCCGCUGUGUGGUCUGGAGGACAGUUGUCUCUGUGCUGCUUGACUUCUCAGAGAUCAGCUUUCUGCUCUGGAUCCGUGGCAUCACCUUUUAUUUUCUCAUUUUUUCCCACAUGUGGAAGGCGGUAGGAGCUCUCCCAUGCUGCUGCCUGUGGUGUUCCUUGUCCCCCUCGUUCUCCUGAGCUGGGCCAUGGUCAUGGCUCAUUCUGGGCACCUGCAGACUUGUCUGCACACAAACCUCGCGCUGUACGUGGGCUGUUUGUGCCCCAGUACCUAUCCCACUCACGCAGCUGGUGCCUCUGCACCUUCUGACCUGCUGGCUGGGCUCAGCAGCUUGGGGACAGUUUGGGGACAACGAAGAGGCGCAGAGCUUCAGUCCUUCCUGCCCAGGGAAGAGCUGGGCUGGCUGCAGGGAAAUCUGGCAGGAUGUCUGGAGAAGCCUUUGUUGUCUGCAGGGCAGGACAUGCUCCCAUAAAGCAUCGCUUCCCUCCUUCAGUGUGUGUGCGCAGCUCCUGGUGGGCUCAGCGGGGCCUGAGGAGUGGCGGUGGGCAGCGGAAACCAGCAGCGUUGACGUAGUGCAGGCAGGGGGAGAGCCAUGGGUCCUGGUCCCACUUUCUGCAGAAGCCUGAAAUGGCCAGGGGAGGUA